UGAGCAAUAUCUUGUUGGGUGAUUCUAGGCUAGCCGUCUUCUUUGUGUGUUAGGUUUGAGUCUGGUGCCUCCUUUUUCUCUAUUUCAAUCCUAACAGACGACAUGCAGAGACUAACACUGGUAUUCGUGACGCUACUGUCCCUUGUAGCUCUGGGUCAUUCGUUAUGUGAGUUUCGCCAGGAACUUGUUAAUUUAACUGACUAUUGUGCUGUUGUGAACGUUACUAUAUCUCUUGAUUACACUUAUACUGACAUUGAGGGAUCAGAAAAAAAAGGCACUCGCAAUAUUGAAUGUCAAAAUGGUGUUUUGAAGACUGAAGCAGAUGAUUGUAACAGUCCUAUUGUAAUGAGUUUUGAAGUAGAAGAAGACGUGAUGAUCACUUUCCAGUUUAUAAAGAGCAAUAAUGAGUGGGAUUUCAGUAAUGUUUCAAUAAUGAUUAUUAAUCCUGAGGAGUUUUUCAACGGCACUUUAUACGGUCCUGAUUAUAUUGCUGCAUAUGCUGAAAAAAGUAUUAUCACCAAAGUGGGACUGAAGAAAUCAUACAUGUGUUCUGCCUCGCAAUCUUUUGAUCUAAAAUCCAAUUCCUCUAACAUAUCGUCCAUGACACUGAAGCUUUCUGAUUUGCGUGCCCAGGCUUUUGAGUUUGAUAAAAAUGGCAAUGAUCUUGAAUUUGGAAGUGCAACUCGUUGUAAUGCGGACAUUAAGGGUUCCAAGAUAGUUCCUAUAGCAGUAGGGGCAGCACUAGCAGGUCUUGUCAUUAUUGUCCUUAUUGCUUACAUCAUCGGGCGAAUAAGAAGCCGCAAGCAAAGCUCUUACGAGGCUCUAUCUUAGUCCCUCAGCGAAGAGAAGUGUACAACUCUGCUUUAGCUCUUUUUCCCUCUCUCUAUCUAUAUAUUAAUUAUUAUUAUUAUUAUUAUUAAUUAGCUGUAAUGCGUUGAUGACUGUACAUGUUUUUGUUGUCCAUAUUAUUAUUGUUGUUGUUGUGGUGGUGGUUUGAGCUAACACUAUUAUGUAGAAUCUACGGAAUUGCUGCUUUUGUGUUUUUCUUUCUUUUUUUCCAUAUUUUUAUCCUCUCUCGUUCUUACCUCUGUGGGGAGAAGUCAUGCUGUGAAAUCUCUCCUCUCUCUCUUUUAUUUCUCUUUUUCUCUUUGCUGUUGAUGCACACUGUUAUAAGUGAAAGCUCCUCUUGCUUUUAUUAAUAUUAUUAUUAUUAAUUAUAUUAUUAUAAACUUUGUGCAAUAAAACAUUGAUUAUAA